CGCACUGCGUGAAUGCGACCAACACUUCUGUAAUCUCAACAACACAUUCACAGCACAGCAUCGCGCAGAACUCGUGCACACACUCGGUCGCUCGGCCGCUCGCUCUGAUUCUCAUUUAUUGCAUGCAAGGUGUAUAGAGUCGACCGACUGCGACGCAAUUGAGCAUCUCUCGACCGAUCACCGCGGGAUGGCGCAAGCGCAAGUCCAGCCUUGCAGGUACAAGACUGGGAAGACACUCGGCGCUGGCUCGUACAGUGUCGUCAAGGAGUGCGUACAUAUUGACACGGGCCGAUACUAUGCUGCCAAAGUCAUCAACAAACGCCUGAUGGCGGGUCGCGAGCACAUGGUCAGGAAUGAGAUUGCAGUGUUGAAGAGGGUGUCGAUGGGCCACCAGAACAUUUUGACGCUCGUGGAUUACUUUGAGACCAUGAACAACUUAUACCUUGUUACAGAUCUCGCGCUCGGCGGCGAGUUGUUCGAUCGCAUUUGUCGAAAAGGCUCAUACUACGAAUCCGAUGCCGCCGACCUGAUCCGAGCCACACUCUCUGCUGUCGCCUAUCUUCACGAUCAUGGCAUUGUCCAUCGCGAUCUGAAACCCGAGAACUUGCUGUUCAGAACGCCCGAGGACAACGCUGAUCUGCUUAUCGCGGAUUUUGGACUUUCGAGAAUUAUGGAUGAGGAACAGUUCCACGUCCUGACCACCACCUGUGGGACGCCUGGAUACAUGGCGCCCGAGAUAUUCAAGAAGAGCGGGCAUGGAAAGCCAGUCGAUGUCUGGGCAAUUGGCGUCAUCACGUACUUCUUGCUCUGUGGAUACACACCCUUCGAUCGCGACAGUAAUCUGGAAGAGAUGCAGGCCAUUUUGGUCGCAGACUACAGUUUUACUCCACUCGAAUACUGGCGCGGCGUGAGCUUGACUGCGAGGCAGUUCAUCAAGCGCUGUCUGACCAUCGAUCCGACGAAGCGCAUGACGGCGCACGAAGCGCUCUCGCAUGAAUGGAUUGCUGGACCAGACAGCGGACGUGGAGGGGAGGAUCUAUUGCCUAUAGUCAAGAAGAACUUCAACGCUAGGCGCACGCUGCACAAAGCUAUUGAUACUGUCAGGGCUAUCAACCAGCUACGUGCUGGCGGAAUGGGCAUGAUGGACGGUGCGCUUGCCACGAAUCCCGAUCGUGUGAAACCGAAAGAUGAAGAUGUCGACAUGCAGGAUGUGCCUGGUCCCGAAGUCGUCGUUGAUCCACGAGGCAAUGCCAAAGGGCAGACAAUGGCGCAAAUUGAAGAGCAACAACGAAGGACGCAGCAGACCAUAGCAGGUCUAUGGCAAAAGAAGGGCCAAGGCCAGGCUACGUAGGACGAUCGUCCUGGCUGUUAACUGACACCCGAGGCGCCUUGUCGCGGAGUCCAAAUCGGCUCGUCCGGAACGUGAAUUCCACCUCAGGAAAAUUUGUCUGUGGUCACUGGUCGCGUGUCGAGGGAGGCUGAGGGUUGGAUCGAGAAGGCAUACUAUUCUGUAUCGGGCAAAAUCGAUGGAGUACCCAUGAUGAUCAGCUCAUCCAUGCGACCGAUUGAUUCACGGCUGGUGAGACAUGAGAAGAAAUCUUCGAAGUCCUUUUACAUUCUUCUCUUUGACUAAUUCGCUUCAUGGGUCCUCUCUAGCACGAACAUUCGGCGAGUUCUCGUCAAAGUCAUAAAAGCGGCCGCUCUUGCUUGCCUUGGCGUUCCGCUUCAAUCUAUGGAUGGCUUGCAUUCAUCACUCGUGUUCUCUGCGGAGUCUGCGCUACGCAUGCUUGGAAGCACAAUACUGCACUACUAGCUUCUAUAGAAGCCUCUGUUGGCAGCGGGAAGCAUCGGGAAUCCAUCAAGACUCCGGUAAGCGUGCAGCUACAGCUGUAGGCACUCCUCGAUCUAUGUUUUUUUUUUCUCAAACCCAUGGGAUUGGCGUCAGAAACUUAGUCCAUGAAACUCUGUAUGUGUAAGCCUUCCAAUGCCGACAGAUUCUG